AUGAUGGUGAUCAAAAUUCAUUUCCAAGCCACCGUUAUCAGAUCAUCACCUAUUCAAGAAAGAGAAAACACUCUCAAUCUUAGUGCCCAUGCACUUCCACCUUCAUAUCGGUCACUCAUGACAACUGAUGAUUCAAGGAUUCUUGAUUUCUAUGUUGAUGAUUUUGAUGUCGACACAGAUGGAAAAAGAUUUAUUUGGCAGGGUAUCUGCAAGUUUCCUUUUAUUGAUGAAGAGCGCCUUCUUGAUUCAACAAAAAUGAUUAAGAAGGAACUGACUUGGAGAAUUAAUAUCAAAAUAGUAGGCGGUAGGCUAAUCGCAUCCACCCUAGUCCAAGAAAGAUCCCAUCUCUCUAACGGAUCAAUGGAUGACCACAAUCGUGGUUCGGGGCAGAUGAUGGAUGGAACCCAGAUCAAUAUAGAUGUAACUGCACUUGGGGCUAUAAUUGCUUUGGGUCUAAUGUACUUAAAGGAUUCAUCCAUCAGAAGAUUGGAUUCAGGGUUAGAUACCCAAAGUAGUCUUGAAUGGCAUCAAAGGAUUCAUCCAUCAGAAGAUUACUUUGAAAAGCUGACUGGUGGCCACAUGGAAGUUGAAAAGCUGAUUGUGGCAACUACUGCUGCUGCUGGACACCUGGAAGUUGAGAAGCUGAUUGUGGCAUAG